CUUCCGGUCCCCUAAUCAACAAGGAAAUGAAAUGCAGAAGCGGAAGAGACGCGACGUCCACUUUGCAUCUUUUCCAAGCUAUCCUUUCAACGUGUAAUUUAGCUAUAUUUUCGUUUUUUUCCUCCUGUCAAAGGAAGGCGACUGCGUGCAUGUGAAAAUGUCCAUGUCAACAUUUCAGAAAGUGACCCUCGCUACCUGCUUGGUGCUGUGCGUCGCCCUGCUGCUUCCCAAAAUGCUGUUAUCCCGGGGGAAGAAGGAUGCUGAGAGGCCGGAGGGUCCAGGACACUUCCCGCCGAUGAUCCACCGCCACACGGCGCCAGACGGCCAGAGGCCAACGGGCUCCCACUUCUCCAGGGCCCACAACCCAGAGGCCAUAGCCAGGGCCAAGGGGGCGGGAACUGGGGCGGGAACCGGGGGCAAGUCCAACCUAGCAGGGCAGAUCAUCCCCAUCUACGGCUUUGGGAUCUUACUCUACAUCCUGUACAUCCUCUUCAAGAUCACGUCCAAGGGGAGCAGCAAGCCCACAGAGGGCAGGUUUGCAUCGGUUCGAUCAGAGAACAUGAAGAGAAAGAUCACGGACUUUGAGCUGGCUCAGCUGCAGGAGAAGCUGAAGGAAACAGAGUUGGUGAUGGAGAAUAUUGUUUCCAGUGCCAGCCACAGCCCUGACAGGGUGAAGGGAGUGACGGCAGACCAGGAGGAGAGUCUCCUGCAGCAGCUGAGGGAGAUAACACGGGUGAUGCAGGAGGGUCGGCUGGUUGAUGGCAUCGCCCCCGAGAACAAAGCCCAGGGUGUCUGGGAAGGUCAUCAUGGGGAGCCUGCUCAAUACUGGGAACAUUCCUACUGUCCAUAUCACCAUAACCAGCAGAGCGGUCCACAAGCGGAGACGGAGACUGAGAGAACAGAGGCUGAUGGGGCUGAAUUGGCAGAAAAUAUUCCUAAUGAUAGAGGAGAAGCCGAGGAAUCAGAGGAUUUGAACAAGGACCAAGUCAGAGAAGACGUGUUCACAGCAACAGGGGAAGAAGACACAGGGCCAGGGGGCAAUUUGGACAAGAAUGAUAAGGAUUUGUAUGAGCCAGAGGAGGGAGGGGGAGGAAUCGAUCUGGGCGUCCCAGAAGAAGACCUGGCCGGAGUUCUGAAGGAGCUGGAGCUCACAUUGAAGAUGACCUCCAUGAUGGAGCAGGAGAAGAUACAGGAUCUGGUCGAGCCGGAGGAAAUGAAAACCGUCUGCAGCCAGGUCAGACGGAGAAACAAGAGGAGGAAAGCAAAGAGAGACACUCAGUGACUCCUAACAUGAUUGCCCAUAAACUGGAGCCUGUGCCUAGUUUUUGAGGGCAGGAUUUUCAAGUCUGUUCUUAUGAAAAUACACGGACGAUAGCAUGAAAAUUAGAACAGAGGAUCCCAGCAACCAAGAUAGCCAGCCUUGUUUAUCUUUGCUACAAAGCUUAGAAAAUACUUCUGUACUGGGCAGUUUUUAUUAUGAAGAUCAACUUGAUCCAUCGGCAGUGGAACAAAUAUGGUAUAUGGUCUUAAUAUUCUCUUAACGCUAUGAUGUUUUUAUUUUAUUUUAUACUAUGUUUAUUUAUUUAUUUAUUUAUUUAUGAAAAACCAGGGACCUUGCUUAUAGAAAAUGCUUAGAUCAAAUUUGAAAAUAUCUGCAUAUAAUCUGCAUAUGCAGAAAAUCACAUUUCAUUAAAUUUGAAAUAUAAAUAGUCAGCUCCAGAUAUGAAAAACCCUCUACCUCUGCUGAAUUGUAUGCUACCAGUACAUGAUGGUGCUGGUUUCAGAGGACUCAUCUGUGUAAAUAAACCCACAAUAUUUUGUUCUGUAUCAGGGCAGUUAGUAUCUGUUCAGCACGUUAGUUGUUGAGGCCACUUUCUCAGCACGGUUUAAAUUGUUUGUCAGUCACAUGAAUGGAGAUCAUUCUCAUCAGGCGUCUGAAUUGGAGCUGGUUUAUGAUUUAUGCAUGAGGUGUUCUCUAAAUAAUGGAUAAACAUUUCAGAGAGUUGAAGACAGCAUGAAACAAUACUAUGAACUCGUAUUAUACCAGAUUCCUAGGGCUGUAACUAAUUAUUUUAUCUAACUGCUAAACAUUUCAGUCUAUAAAAUGCCACGAAUAAUUACAAAUGCUCAUUUCAAGUUACUAAAGUGAGGUGUUCAGAUUGAGCGGACCCCCCUCUCUCUCUCUCUCUCUCACACACACACACACACACACACACACCACUUAACUAUCAGCCUAACUUUAUAAUGAUAUAAAUAAUUUCAUCUUUUACUACUAAUAAUAAAUGAUUAAAACAGCUGAUCAGUUAGACUUGGAAAUGAUUAACUGACUUAUCGUCAGGGCUACAAAUUCCUCCAAGGAAAAGGAAAUAUGUGUAGGAGUUGUGCUGCUGCUGCAAUAGACAAAGUUGAAAUUUGAAAUAUCUGUUCAAACUUAUUUGGUCACCACUUAAUGACAAUGUCAUUAACUGCAAUCAGUGUGCCUUAUUACUUUUGUUAGUGUACUCAACUGGUAAACUAGCAAAACAAAUGAGCAACCAUUCAGCUUAACUUCCUGUGGUGUUUAUUUUCACGCUGUCAUGUUUUAAAUACAUAUCUACAAACGUGGCCCCUGAACUUCAAAGUAACAGUACCUGGAUUGCAUUAGUGUCACUUCAUUCUUACCGAUAAAGCUCGUUAAUUAAGAAGAAUAUGUUUUAGAUGGGUGUUGUGAACCAACAGUCUCUUUGUUUUACAUAUUAGCUGUCACACUCUACUUAAAUAUAUUAAACUUUUGUACUUCAUUUAUUCACUGUUUUUAAAAGCACCUGGGUCUGCAUAUCAGUGUUUGAAAUACUGUGAAUAAACCUCUUAUAACUCUUA